GCGUUGUUACUGGUUAUGUCUAAAAGACAAGCAAAAAACUUGUUCACAAGUUUCAGUUGGUUACUUUGGCAAUGUCCGUGUAAGUGUUGUCAAUAAAGUUUACAUUUGAAUUGCUUACCUCUGCAACAACAAUGGCGGCGGGUCAAAUUGGCUACGGAGUUCCUCCUUCACUGUCUGCCAAAGUGACGGGGUCAUUUGCUUACUUGACUAUAAGAGACAGAAUGCCAACCAUUUUGACUAAAGCUAUAGACACCAUACAUCGUAACAAAAACAAGUUUUUUGAGGAACAUGGUGAGGAGGGGAUCAGUGCGGAGAAACAAGCAAUAUCUCUACUGUCUAAGCUGAGGAAUGAGCUACAAACCGAUAAGCCAUUCCUGGAAUUGAUGGACGGCUUGUCAGACACAGAGUCCUGGAACCAGUACAUGCAGAGACAGCAGAGCCAGCUGGGUGACCAGGAGCUUGUUAGCUGGUUCAAGUUGCCCUGGUUGUAUGUGGAGUGCUACAUGUACAGGAGAAUACAAGAGGCAAUCUGGCUGAAUCCUCCAAUAAACAACUUUGACGUCUUUAACGAGGGAAAGACCCAAAGUUUUUUUGAGUCUCAGCAGGCUGUGAUGGCUUUGUGUACUUACCUGGGAGAUGUUCAGAAGAGCAUGGAGAAGCUAUCAGAGAACCAGCUGUCUGAACAUUUCAACAAACUGCUCCAGGUUUCUCUCUGGGGGAACAAGUGUGAUCUUUCCAUCUCUGCUGGUCAAGAGAACUCCCAGAAGGCUAGUCCAAUAGAUUCCCUCCCCAGCUUACAGUCUUUCAUCUUGGUGAAUGACUCCAACAUGGUAUGGUUGACUCUUACUUCGUCAAGAAGGCCGGAGGGGUCAGGGCAAAAAACUGCAGACAGAGUUGACAUUGUGCUAGACAAUGCUGGCUUUGAGCUGGUCACUGACUUAGUCUUAGCAGAUUUUCUGGUGUCUUCGGGCCUCGUGCGUCACAUUCAUUUUCACGGCAAAUGCUUUCCGUGGUUCGUCUCUGAUGUCACAGCUAACGACUUCCAGUGGACCAUCCGGCAGACCAUGGCAGCCAAUCAUAAGUGGAUGAGUAAGAGUGGCUACCAGUGGCAGAGCUAUCUCAAUGAGGGUAUUUGGAGCUAUCACGACCAUCCUUUCUGGACGCAGCCCCACGAGUUCUGCGACAUGGCAGCUGAUGCGCCCGACCUGUACGCAACCCUGCAGGAAGCAAACCUGGUGCUAUUUAAAGGCGAUCUCAACUACAGGAAGCUGACUGGGGACAGGGAAUGGGGCCACACGGUGGAUUUCUGUACUGCGCUGAGAGGUUUUGAGCCUGCACCGCUAUGCAGUUUGAGAACCCUCAAAGCCAAUGUGCAGGUCGGUCUGCAGCCGGGACAGGGGGAGAAGCUGAGCACCCAAGACCCAUCAUGGAUGACCAAUGGGAAGUACGCUGUUAUUCAAUUCCACGGCCCAAAGUUGGAGUAGUAAGCAUGACCUCAGGAUUUGACUGGGACGACUGGACUUUAUCAGAUUUUACUGUAAGAAAGCAUCAAAAUUAGGUGCUGCCAUUAAGCUAUAACGAGACAAAGUUAUCAAAGGUUCUUUUUAAGGACUUCAAACUUAUUCACGAAAUGCACAAUAACAGACUGUAUAUAUCAAUGCCAUCUAAUAUGUAAAAUGUCAUAACUUUUAAACAAAUUAUAAGUUGAACUACAGCUCCCAAUGGUUGUACAUUUGUCUACAUCGCUAAUAUCUCACUUUCGGUUUACAUUGCAGAUAACUUGUGUAUCUUACACUUCGAAUUAAGUCAAAAUGUUUACAGUUUAUGCAGAAUAGAAUAGAAAACCUAAAAUUAUAUUUUGGGUUUAUUAAAUCUAACCUUAAAGCUGCAACGUUGGUGGUAUUAAAAUGGUUAUUUGUGAUUUUUCUUUUUAAUUCAUCACAAAUUGCAAAACAAGAAAAUCAUUUAACUGAUCUAGCACUGUGGAAGGUUUGUUUCCUCAGUUGAAUAAAUGUAGAUGGUAAUAAAAGCGGGUAUAGGGACGAUGUAGGAGUGAGAUGACUUUAAUGUGCUGCUUCUGUUUUGGAGGGAAAAAAACAAAUACUCUUUACUAAUUGACAAAAAUGAAUGAUCUUGGCUUGAAACUCUGGUAGAGAGCAGAAUUAAUCUAUGCAUUACGACAGCUUUUACAACUUCCAAACAACAAGUCAACCGCAGACCAUCAAACUCCAACUGCAGUGUUUGGAAAUGCUGAUAAUUUUAACCCUGAUUCAACAGAACACAAAGCUUGAAGAAAGUUUGGUUUUUCCUUCCAGUUUACAGAAUAUUUUGCCAAAUGUCUUUGAGGUCAUGGAGAUUUUUUUUUAUCUAAUGUGCUGAUGUUGAUCUGGAUUAUAUUGUGACCUCCUGGAUGAUUUGUCGAUGUACUCUUGGAGUAAUUUUGGUAAGUCUGCACUUUCUGAAACAUUUAAGUCAAUCACCUGGUUCCACUGAUCUGACAGUUGGGAGGGGUGAACAAAAUGAACUUAAUUUUUUCCCCAAUGUGUUGUGAUCCUUAUUGCAAUAAAGAUAUGUGAUCAGGA